GAAAUGGUUUACAUUGCAUCUGUUUAUGGAGAAUGGGUGAUAAAGGACAAUUUGUCUUGGCAUUUUGAGGUUGAUUAUCGGAAAGGAGGUAGAAUGUUCUCGUUGAGGGAUGGAUGUACACAUGAUGAGCUCAUUCAAAUGGCUUUAGAGGAUUAUUCGCUAACCAAGAUCGGACACCGUUUGGAAAUAUCAUAUCCAUUACCAGAAGUGUUCACUCAGCAAACGUGUAAUGAUUCUCCGCCCAUGUUUGUCACAAACGACAGACAAGUCGAAAGCUUGAUCGAGCUAAGUAGAAAUCAUGGUGUACGACUUUGUGUCUCUAGCAAAGGGAAGGAUGAAGACAACGUAGAUGGACCUUUGGAUGAAGACUUAGAUGAAAAUCUGGAUGAUGAGUUGAAGGAAGAGUUCGAUGAAGAGUUGGAUGAAGAUUGGAGCGCAGAACGAGAAGAAGUGUCUGAAGAGUCGGGUUGUGAUGAGGAUGAUGUAAGGGAAAAAGCUUAUGAAGGCGAUGAUGACACACACGCGGACUACAGUCAGUAUGGGAAAAUUAAAGAUGAAGACGUUGUCAUUGAUGUUCCUUUCGAUGAUCCCCGCCUUUUAGGGCGUGGUGUGGGUCAUCGUAUAGGAAUUGAUAAUUGGGAAGACAAUAUUUACGAGCACCAGAGCUUUGAUACCAAGGCCCAACUUAUCUCUGAGUUGCGUUUGACCGCGGUGAUGACAAGAUUCUCAUUCAGGAUAGCUGCGUCUACAAGAAAAGUGUUUGUGGCCAAAUGCAAAGUCGCUGGAUGCAAAUGGAGGCUUAGAGCGGCCGUAAAGAACGAACCCUCCACGUUUUGGGUGACAAAGUACGUGAAGUCGCAUACAUGUUCUGUUUCUGAUCGAGUACGUAACCAUAAACGUUGUACAACGAAGUAUAUUGGAAAGCUUUUUCUUGAUCGGACAGGGCUCAUUGAAGGAAUUGUGCCGCAACACAUAAGAGACUCUAUGAGGAGGAUGUUUGGAAUGAAGCUCGACUAUACGGCUUCAUAUAGAGCUUUGAAACAUGCCCAAGACUUGGUGUGGGGAACAGCUGAAGAAGGAUACGCGAAUCUGCCUUCUUACUUGCAAAGAAUCAAGGAUGCAAAUCCGGGAACUGUGACUGACCUUGUCUGUGACUCACAGGACCGUUUUAAGUACUGCUUUCUAUCACUCGCCGGUUCUAUAUCUGGUUUUCAGUAUUUGAGGAGAGUGAUUGUGGUUGAUGGGACUCAUCUUACUGGGAAAUACGGAGGAGCUCUACUCGUGGCUGCCGGACAAGACGCCAACUUUCAAAUAUUCCCGCUAGCUUUCGCAGUGGUCGAUGCUGAGGAUAGUGAAUCAUGGGAAUGGUUUUUCAACAAGCUUAGAGAUUGUUUCAGGCAAUUUCCGCCAAUGGCGAUAGUCUCUGACCGUGCCGCUGCCAUAGCUAGAGCCAUUGGAAUCGUUAUGCCCUGGGCAUCAAGAGGAAUAUGCUACUAUCACCUCCAAGGUGAUAGAUACAAUAUAAAGACGAGCAACAUCGCAGAAUCUAUUAACUCGGCUGUCAAGAAAGCAAAAGGAUUACCUAUUCCUCGUCUUUUGGAGUUUAUUAGGGAGAAGCUCGGGAGAUGGUUUAGCAAGAGGCGGGAGGAUGCACUGAGUCUCACAACCAGACACAGCAGAGGUGUUGAGUACAUAUUGGCCAUACGGUCUUACUAUGCGGGAAGUAUGAUCGUAGAUCGCAUAGACGCUUGGCGCUUUCAUGUUAAAGGCGGGAGACGAGAUUGUAAUGUCGACUUGGAGAAUCGAACAUGCUCGUGCGGUGUGUAUAACGUUGAAAAAAUCCCUUGCUCUCAUGUUAUUGCAGCUGCAGCCGAAGCUAACGUCGACAUGUCCUAUUACGUAUGCGCCACUCAUUCGACGCCUUCCUUGUUCUCAACAUAUGCACAUCCGAUUUACCCCAAAGAGGGAACUGACUCCCACGUGAAGCCUGUUCGCUGUUUGCCUCCAGGGGAGAGUGUCCCUUCUGGAAGGCCGAAGAAGUCGAGGUGGCAAACUUGGCUAGAGAUGUCUAGGAAGAAAAACACAAAACCGAGGAAAACGCAUAAGAAGUACAGCUGCUCUAAGUGCAAGGAACCUGGUCAUACUCGCCCCAAUUGUGUCGCUGAAGACUGA